AGAAGCCCAGCUUCUUGGGUAGGAAACAAAGGCUCCAAGGAAACCGCCUUCCUUCCACUUUUAAUCAUCGAAAGGGAAAAAUAAAAUAAAAUAACGGGGAAAGAAAAAACAACGAGAAUCGGGGUUCGCUCGUCGCCCGUCUCAUCGAUCCAAACUCAUUUGCUUCGAUUCAUCUCCCCCGCAGACUUUAUAAAGAUGGCUUCUUCUUCAUUAAAGGCCAUGGCAGAGAGGGCAGGGCCUUCUGUCUGUAAGCAGGCCUUGACUUUGACAGAUGCUGCUGCUGCUAGGAUACGCCACCUUCUUAACAUCCGUCAGCGCCCAUAUCUUAGGCUCGGUGUCAAGGCCCGUGGUUGCAAUGGUUUAUCCUACACCCUCAAUUAUGCUGACGGGAAAGGGAAAUUUGAUGAACUGGUGGAGGACAAGGGCGUCAAGAUACUAGUUGAUCCAAAAGCUCUCAUGCAUGUAAUUGGAACCAAGAUGGACUUUGUUGAUGAUGCACUAAAGUCAGAGUUCAUUUUCAUCAAUCCAAAUUCGAAAGGGCAAUGUGGUUGUGGCGAAUCCUUUAUGACAACAAGCACCACUCAAAAUGCUAAAUCAGGUGGGACAUAAUAUUUUUAGGGCUGGAGUCCAAUUAGGCUCAUUUGCUGCAAUUAUCUGACGAGCUGUUUGGAACUUCUUACAAUUUUCCACUGGAAGAACAUGAUACAAAGCUGCGGUUAAAACCAUUGUGCUGCUGAGAUCAAAAUCGGCAAAUCUUUUGUAGGAGCAGGUUUUAUGUAACAGCAGUCCUGCAAUCUUGUAUUUUCUCUGCAUGCAUGGUCAUAGAAAUUAUGAGACCCUGCGUGUAAGCAUUUUGGUGUAUCUUCUAUAUAAUGUCAUUCUUGGAUGUAUCAUAAAUAGUUAUUUUCCGAAAGGUUUGCAUCGUUUUGCCGGACUUGCAGUUUAAUAUCAAGGGAAAAUAUCGAGCUACAUAAUUUUGUA